CGAACCAUAUUGCCGUGCUAUUGUCUGCCAAUCAGAGCUUUCCUCACGUCGCCAUCGCUUUUCUCUCACAGGGAGCGCGCCUCAAGGGAGUCAAAGGGCGCGUGGUAGCGGCUGGAGAUGGAAGUGACCGGGGGCGCGCGCGGGAGCGGCCUGUGAGGCGACGGUACCGAGGACGAUAGCCGAAAUCUCAAGCUGCCUCAACGCUGGGCUCGAUUUUAAGGGAUUACGCUGUUUUUUUUUUUGCACGCAGUUUGCCCUGCGGCUGCUAUUGGUUGCUUUAUCCGGUGCUUGGGCCUUGUUGCCGGUUCCUGUCAAUUACUUGGACUGUACCAGACUUCGCGUGAGUCUUGUUCCCUGUGUCGUAGCACUCAAAGAAAAAAGGGAGUGUUUAAUUAUCCAGUCUCCAGUGGUUCGGGCCUGACUUGUUUCUGUUCUCCUCCCCUUGCUUCCACCGGUUACCGGAGGAGGGGAGGAGGGAGGGAGGUAGGCCGCUGCCACCACUGGCUCCAUGCUCACGUUCGCGGCCUUCCCUCCCUCCUCCACCUCCUCAAUAUCGGCCCCUCCACCGCGGGGCACCGUGGGAAUUUGCUACCAGGGACUGAGGCAUAAGGACUAAGCUACACCUGGAAGUCCGGGAACAGAGAUAUUCGCAUAUUUUCAGAAGAAUAAACCCUAUUGGAUUUUAUAUGCAAGUAGUGCAAGGCAACUUUCCGCUAUGGAGUCGACUGUUGAUGACGAAGCGAUAGGGAAAUAAAUGAAGGUCAAGUAAGGAAGGUAAAACGAUGCCCAAAGGUGGGUGUUCUAAAACCCCACAGCCAGAAGACUUUUCUCUCAGCUACGACAUGGUGGAGAAACAAACUGGGAAAAAGGAUAAAGAUAAAGUUUCCCUAAAUAAGACUCCAAAAUUGGACCGAACUGAUGGAGGGAAAGAGGUAAAAGAAAAAAACACAAAAAGAAAAUUGCCUUUUUCAGUUGGAACAAAUGGAGAUCAGAAAGAUUCCGAUACAGAGAAGCAGGGCCCAGAAAGGAAAAGAAUCAAGAAAGAACCUGCAAAUCGAAAGCCUGGGUUGCUUUUUGGGAUCGGUUUAUCUGGAAUACGAGCUGGUUACCCUCUUUCAGAGAGGCAACAAGUUGCCUUACUUAUGCAGAUGACUGCAGAAGAAUCUGCCAAUAGUCCAGUUGACACGACACCAAAGCAUCCUUCUCAGUCUACAGUUGGUCAGAAGGGUACUCCUAACUCUGCCUCCAAAACCAAAGAUAAAGUGAACAAGAGGAAUGAGAGGGGAGAAACCCGUCUCCAUCGGGCUGCAAUCAGGGGAGACGCUAGACGAAUUAAAGAGUUAAUAAAUGAAGGUGCCGAUGUCAAUGUAAAAGACUUUGCAGGAUGGACUGCAUUGCAUGAGGCUUGUAACCGUGGUUACUAUGAUGUUGCAAAACAACUUCUUGCUGCAGGGGCAGAAGUGAACACCAAGGGUUUGGAUGAUGAUACACCAUUGCAUGAUGCAUCAAACAAUGGCCACUUCAAGGUUGUCAAAUUGCUACUACGUUAUGGAGGAAAUCCACAUCAAAGUAACAGGAAAGGAGAAACCCCUUUAAAAGUUGCAAACUCCCCCACAAUGGUAAACCUUCUUUUAGGAAAGGGUUCCUACACGUCAAGUGAAGAAAGCUCAACAGAAAGUUCUGAAGAGGAGGAUGCACCUUCUUUUGCACCUUCAAGUUCAGUUGAUGGCAAUAAUACAGACUCUGAAUUUGAAAAGGGUUCCAAACACAAAGGCAAGCAGCACCCAGAGCCGCCCAAAACUACCACACCUGUUAAGGAUGAAUAUGAAUUUGAUGAGGAUGAUGAAGAAGAUCGUGUACCUCCAGUUGAUGACAAGCACUUGCUAAAAAAGGACUUCAGAAAAGAGAUAAAACCUAACAGUUUUAUUUCUAUACCUAAAAUGGAAGUAAAAACCUAUUCUAAAAACACAUCUGCACCAAAGAAAACUGCGCGACGCAUUCUGUCAGACACUUCUGAUGAAGAAGGCAAUCCAGUUUCUGUAGGAGCAAGUGAAAAGCUUUGUCUUUCUGCUCACACAGGCCUACCGAGCAAUAAAACCAGGGAGCAAACUAUUGUGAAGCUUAAAGACAAAAGCAAAGUUAAAAAGAAAAGGAAGAAAGACACCAAAAAUAAGGAAGUAAGAUUUGGAAAGAAAAAUGACAUAUUCUGUUCCUCUGAAUCAGAAAGUGAAAAUGUAGACAGUGAUGUAGAAAAUGAUAGACUUUCUUUGGAAAGCUCAAACUGUUUAAAGGAUACCGCUAUAGUGCUAAAAGAAGCUUCUUUAUUUAGUUCAUUGUCAGCAUCUUCUGCUUCUUCUCAAGGUAGUUUAACCUCUCAGAAGCACAACGCUAAUAUCACAGACCAGCAGUCUAAACACUGGAGAACGGACAAUUGGAAAACAAUAUCAUCUCCUACCUGGUCUGAUGUUAGUUCAUUAUCAGACUCUACAAGGACGCGGUUAACAAGUGAAUCUGAUUAUGCAUCUGAGGGUUCUAGUUUGGAAUCUGUCAAACAGAUUAAAAAAAAAUCAGAUCACAAAAAGAAAAACAAUAUGCAGAAUAGUUUAUAUGAAAAGAAUUCAUUCCAUUCGCAUGCAGAAGGAGCAAUUCCUAAAUUAGACAAGGAAGGCAAAGUGGUAAAAAAACACAAAACCAAACACAAACACAAAAAUAAAGAAAAAGGACAGAACCAAACAGCACAUGAUAUUAAAGUUUUAAAAAGUUUUUCAUUUGAAUAUGAGGAUUCUAAAUUAAAGUCUGACAAGACACUGAUUCUGGAUCCUGAUAUACCUGAGAAACUCAAAGUGUUAAAACAUGAUCAUGACCACCUAAGGAAAGAGGAAAAGGGCUCUAAAGUUAAAUCUGAUGAUAAAGAUUGGCCAUUUAGGGAUGAGAACGUCAAGGCUUUGAAAGAGGAAAGAUCUACAAAAAAAAUUAAGGAUGCAACUAAAAGUGACAGAGAACGCUCUAGCAAAACAGAGCGAGAAAAAAAUGUAAAAGAAAAGUCUCCCAAAGAAGAGAAAACAAAAACACACAAAGAUGAUAAAAAACGGAAAAAUAAGGAAAAAACAUCAAAAGCAGAAAGAAAAGGUGACCUAAAAGAGGAAAAAAAUUCAAAAAAUGAGAAAGAUAAAGGCUUUAAAGAAGAGAAAGAAAAGAGUAAAAAGGAAAAAUCCCAAAAAGAUGAACAUUCAUAUGAAGAACUGAGCAAAAGUCAAUUUUUAGAAAAUGAGCAGACAAAAUUUAGUAUUUCUGAUGAUCACAAUUUUUGGAACUCUGCAACAUCCUCAGAUUCCUCAGAAGAUAGUUGGGAUUCUGUGGCGUCUUACAGGGAAAGUACCUCCAUUACCAAGCUAAUGGUUGAAUCAGUCAAGGAAGAAAUUAAAGAAAAGGAUUACAAAAGCAAGGAGAAGAAGGAUUGUAUUGAAAAACAAACUGAUAAAGAUCUCAUCAAAAGAAAAGAGAGGGAUCCUUCUGAAAAAAAUUCUGAAAAGAAAAAGGAGCAGGUUGACAGGCACAAAAGUACUUCAACAUACAUGUCAGAAAAAGAGAAAAAACGCAAAGAUAUUUUUGACUGUGUUAAAAACCGAAAGGAUAAAGAGAGUAUUGAAUCUACAAGAAGGGAAUCUGCUGGAAACAAAGAUCGCAAAGACUGUAAAGUAAAGCAAGAGGAACACUACAAAGAAGAUCUAAAAGACCAUGGGAGUGAGCCAUUCAUUAUAGAUAAACCUGAACAAGAGGUAGUUCCAAGAAACUCUGAGCUGAGGGAAAGGCAUCAUUCUGGCAAGGAAAAGAAAGAGCCUUCUGAGAAGGAAAAAAAAGAAAAGCCAAAGCCUGAAAAACACAGAGAAAAAUCAAAGGACUCGGAAAGAGAGAAAGGUGAAAAGGCUACUUUUGAAAGAAGUCAGAAGGAGAAAGAGACAGAUAAAGUGUUCAAGGAGAAAAAAGAACCAAAGGAAAAAUAUAAAGAAUUGCAUAAAGAUCGAAAAAGCUCUUCUGAACAGAAAAUUGAUAAAAAAGAGAGAAAUACAUCCUUUGAUCGUGAGAAAAGGAAAAAUUGGUAUAACAUAGCUGAUAUAUUCACAGAUGAGAGUGAAGAUGAGUCAGAGCAAUAUAUUCCUGCCUUUAAAAUUACUGAAGGAUUUGGUAAUGAACUGCACAGAAUGGAUGGUUACCAUGAGCGGGAGAUUUCGUAUCCAGAAAAGGAGUCUUUACAGUCUGAAAAACACAGGAAAUAUUCUAAUGAAAAGCAACAUUCAGGAGAAAAACAGAGAGAGCGUGACUUAAAAGACAGGAAAAAAGAGAGAGUACAAAAUGAUGUAGGGAGAGAGAAAAAAGACAAGAACAAUGCAGAUAAACACAAAGACAAGAAGGAAAAAGAUUCUGUGGAAAAGUCCCGCAAGGACAAGGCUUUGUUAGACUCAAAUCAAGACAAGAAAUGUAAGCAAAAAGGACAGAAUGAGAAAGAAAAACACCUCAAUGAAGAUAAAGCAAAAAACAAACAUAAGGAUAAGUUCGAAAAGGAUCAUUUUAAGGACAGAAAAUUUUCAAAAGGUGAAGCAGAAAAAAGCCUUUUGGAAAAACUAGAAGAGGAGGCACUUAACGACUAUAAGGAUGAUUCAAAUGAUAAAAUUAGUGAAAUAUCUUCUGACAGUUUCACAGAUAGAGUUCCAGACCCAGCCCUUACAAAUAUUUUUGAAACUUCCAUACACACUAGUAUAGAAGCAUUAGAAGAUAAAUUUAAGGAUUCUGUACCUUUGCAGUGUUUAGCCGAGAAGCUCAAAGAUAAAGAGAGAAACAGACAUUCCUCCUCCUCAUCCUCAAAAAAGAGCCAUGACAAGGACAAAAUACGAAAGGAGAAAUCUGAUAAAAAAUCUGAAAAAUUAGAUGAUAUAAAGGAUCCCUAUAUGAGGAAAGACUUCCUGCAGUAUGAUAAGGAAACACCUCUACCAGAUGGUGAUGCACACAUUUUGUUUCCUGUCAGAAAUGAGACUGAAGAAGAAGCUGAUAGAAGUGUAGACUAUGUGUUCCCUUCUGAGAAAGACAAGCAUGAUCUGGAGCGAGAAUCUUCUAAAAAGUCAGAGCGUGAAAAGGGUUAUAGUACCACCUCUUCUGUUGUCAAAGAAAAGAAAAAGAAAGAGCGGCACCGUGAAAAAGGCAAAGAUGAAAAACACAGAGACAAACAUUUGGAAGCAUUUUUUAGGCAUCAUAGAGAAGAGCAAAAAAAUGUAAUAAGAGAAAAGGAGUUGCCACAAGUUAUUUUAAAAGACAAAUCAAAGGAUGAGGUGGUAAAAUGUGGAGAGAUGAAGCUAAAAGAGAAAACAAAAGAAAAUGAGAAGGAGAAAUCUGACACUGUCCGAAUAAGUAAUGGAAAUGAGAGAGUAAGCCAAGUCAAGGAAUCCAGCAAAAAAGACAAUAAACCUAGAGAAAAACUUCUGGGUGAUGGAGACUUGAUGAUGACUAGCUUUGAAAGAAUGCUUAGCCAAAAGGACCUAGAAAUAGAGGAGAGGCAUAAACGUCACAAAGAAAGAAUGAAGCAAAUUGAAAAAAUGAGGCACAGGUCAGGAGAUCCUAAAUUAAAAGACAAAUCAAAGUCUGAAGAUUUACGUAAACGAAGUUUAGACUCAUCCUCAAAAAAGCCACUAAUUACAGAUUCUAUACAAAAGGAGAAAAAGGCAAAAGAGUUGAAUUUGACAGUGUCUGAAAAUAAAGUACAGCCUGUAGUAUGUAAUGAUUCUAAAGACUGGCUAAAUGGUCCACAAACAAAAGAAAUUCUUACUGCUUCUCCAAGGCCUGAUCAAAGCCGUCCAACAGGGGUCCCUACGCCAACAUCUGUGAUUUCUUGUCCAAGCUAUGAGGAAGUGAUGCAGACUCCAAGAACACCUUCAUGCAGCACUGAGGACUACCAAGACCUGUUUGAGUGUUCAGAUACACAACAUUCUUUACCAGUGUCCGCUAUGUCUAUGAAUGCUUGUUCACCAACAUUUUUUGACAGAUUUUCCAAUACAUCUGGUGGGAUUGGGGAGAAUCCUAGCCAAACACCAACUAGGUCAAUUUCUUCUGCCAACCGUAGCCGAUCUAUAUCUGUUGACAUUAAAAGAGCGCCUGAAGAUGAAUUCCACUUAUCUGAAAAGUUUUUCAGACAACAAAGUGUUCCAGUUUCUUCAAGUUUCAAUUCACCCGUUCAGAUGUCAAUGGAUGACAAGGUUCCUUUACCUGUACUCUCUGCUGAAAAAUUUCCUUGUCUUUCUCCAGGUUAUUACUCUCCUGAGUACAGGGCUCAAUCUCCUGGUGUUAAUAAAUCUAUAUCAGUAGAUUGUGGAAACAUUGCCGUUUCACCUGAACCUGUUUAUUCCUGUGUACCAGGAAAGUUGUCGCCAUCAGAAAGAGAUGAUUUAUUAGAGCCUUCCACAGAAAGUGCCAUUCCUCCAGCUGAGUUAGCCCUUCCCGCUGAUUCUGCAGAAGCUCAAAAAGCAACUGAGUCCAUUCUUCCUCAAGAGGAGAGUUUUUCACCACCUGAAUCAAAUUUUAUGCCACAGGAAUCCUUUCUACCACCUGAAACCAACUUUAUGCCAAAUGAAAAUAGCUUUCCUGCAGAAUCUGACUUUAUGCCCCAAGAAACAACUUAUUUACCCCAAGAGACAAGUUUUUUACCUCAGCAGUCAAGCUUUAUCCCAGAGGAGUCAGGCUUUUUGCCACCAGAACCUGCCUACUUAGCCCCAGAGCAAAGCUUUGCAGUUCAAUCUGAGCCUGAUUUUGCCCCCACGGAAACUGCAUAUUUGCCUGAUGAUGCUGUUUUCCACGCACAGCCGACUGAAAGCACUUUCCUAACACCAGAACCAGCUUUUAUGCCACCCCCAUCUGAAUCAAAUUUUCUUCCAUCAGUUGAGGAAAAUGUGUUUUGUUCCAGCAUCUCGGAUCAGAAUCUAGGAUGGUCUAGUUCUCCAGUACAGAAUUCUGAAACUACAAUGCCAACAAGUCUCCUUGGAAACACUUUAGAACAUCCUAUUAGCUGGGCAGUUGGGCCUGAUGUAUUAAAGUCUCCAGAAAGGUUUGCUGAGUCACCUAAACAUUUUUCUUCAUCAGACAAAGGCAUUGUUGCCACAGUUCCUUUUAUUCCUUCAGAGUCCCCCUACCCAGCUUCUCCAAUACCCUAUCCAAUGUCAGAACAAGCCCCAGAAGAGAAUAAAAAUGAAGUAGAUAGUAUACCCCAGCCUGAUGAUCAGGCUCCUUAUAUGUCUCCUACACCACUUGCAUCAUUUUUUAACAACUGUAGACAAGAGGAACCUCAAUCACUGUCAGAAGAGUCUCUAUGUUUAACGAAUGAGGUUCAGGCAGAGGCAUCGGAUAACGAGAACAAUAACUACACAGAGUCCAGUGAUGUUCGCCCUCCUGUUGCUGAAGAGCCAGAAUCAUGGUCUGAUCCAUUUUCAACUGCAGAUGAUGAUUUAGAUCUUGGCCCAUUUUCUUUACCAGACCUUCCAUCCCCAGUUAAAGAAGAUGCAGAUGAAAUAAGUAGUAGGCAGCAGAUAGUUGCCAGAAGUCCUUCUAUUAUCCAUAAUGAGUGCGACACAAGUGAGACAAACCCUGUUGAUAUUAAUUUCCAGAGCACUGUAACUCCAAAUGAAACCAAUGAUGUAGUUGAUGUGGAAAAUAAAUUACAAAUCUGUGAGCAGAAGUGUGACCAUACAGAAGAUACAUCUUUAGAACCUACCAAAGUUGCAACAGACAAUUGUAAGACUGACUGUGAGUCUGUAACGUUUCCACAGUCAUUUGCACAGCCAUCUUCACCAGAGCAAACUGAGAAAGAACAACUGAUAAAUCUUCCUCUGAAUGACAAUUUGCAGGAAUGUGUGAGUGCACCUGAAGACUCUCUAACAACUUUGGAGCAAGAAUGUAAACCUGCUGAAAGUGUUGUUCAUGAUUCUCCUCCAAAUACUGAAACUCCGUUAAUAAACAUCACAACAGAAGCCCCAGAGCCAACUGCAAAAAUUACAGUUGAUGUUCCCAAAGCACCCAAAAUUGAAGAAAUACCUCAACGUAUGACCCGUAACAGAGCUCAGAUGCUUGCUAAUCAGAAUAAACAAAAUGCAUCUACUAUAGAGAAGGAGAUGCCUGCAGUUACAGUGCCAUCCACACGGGGAAAGAGUAGAGCCACAGAGGAAGAAGAAUCGCAAACCCAGCACCCACGCAAGCGAAAGCUCCAAAAACCUAACCAACUACAACAACAGAUUAUAAGUAACACCAGCCAACAGACUAGAGAGAUGAUUCAACAGACAUUGGCUGCCAUUGUUGAUGCUAUAAAGCUGGAUGACAUUGAGCCAUAUCACAGUGACAGGUCAAACCCUUACUUUGAGUAUUUGCAGAUAAGAAAGAAGAUUGAGGAAAAGCGGAAAAUCUUGUGCUAUAUCACACCACAGGCUCCUCAGUGUUAUGCAGAAUAUGUAACCUAUACUGGAUCAUAUUUGUUAGAUGGCAAACCUCUCAGCAAACUUCACAUUCCAGUGAUUGCACCUCCACCAUCUUUGUGUGAGCCUCUCAAGGAGCUGUUUAGGCAACAGGAAGCUGUGAGAGGGAAGCUUCGCUUACAACACAGCAUUGAGCGGGAAAAGCUCAUAGUGUCCUGUGAGCAAGAGAACCUUCGAGUUCACUGCAGAGCUGCCAGGACGAUUGCCAACCAGGCUGUGCCUUUCAGUGCCUGCACGAUGUUGCUGGACUCAGAAGUGUAUAACAUGCCUUUGGAAAAUCAGGGAGAUGAAAAUAAGUCAGUCCGAGAUCGCUUCAAUGCUCGUCAGUUCCUUUCCUGGCUGCAAGAUGUUGAUGACAAGUAUGACAGGAUGAAGACUUGUGUAUUAAUGCGACAGCAGCACGAAGCUGCAGCCUUGAACGCAGUGCAAAGGAUGGAGUGGCAAUUAAAGGUGCAAGAGCUGGAUCCAACUGGUCAUAAAUCUCUGUGUGUUAAUGAGGUUCCCUCUUUCUAUGUGCCAAUGGUGGACGUUAUUGAUGACUUUGUGCUCUUGCCGGCAUGACAAGGCGGAUGACCAGUCUUUAUUUGUUUUGUGUAUUUUUUUUUUUUAGCCUAUAAAUGGUAAGGGCCGGCCCCUUUGGCUGAGGAGAGCUCAGAUUUCUCUUGCAUCUUAUUGCUUGCUUAUGAAUCCGCUGCUUAAGAGGAGGAAGCAUCUUGGGUCACAAGAAUGGAAACAAUAUAGAAUUGCACUUUUUUCACAGCUUAAUCCCAGCACCCCCUCUAAAAGCAGGCAUGGUCUUGCCACCAUAGGAAGGAAGCACGUAGGUCACGAAUACUGAUAGAAGGAAGAGAGCAAGGGAUCAAGGACAUUCCAUGUGUGCAUUUAUCUGUACAUGUGUCUGCAUCUACAGAAUAGCCACCAGUGCUCAGAAUACUGGCGAUGGACAUGCAGAGAACUUAGUUUCAUUUGUGGGAAGGAGAUGCAGCUUCCGUUUCUUUUUUUUAUUGUGACUUUAAUUUUGAUUAUUUUCAGCUGCAGAUCGAGGGAUCUGAGAAUUACUACGGACCUACCCCCCGUUGGCAUUUUGUUUUCUCAUUAUAAACAUUUUUACACAGGAUGAAAUGCUGACGAUCUCAGGUCAGCCUAAACAUCUAUAGACCUCACGUAUUUAAAAUCAGUGGUGGUUUGUUUAAAAUCCAUCUUAUGUUUCUCCUUUACAUGUCCUAUAUAUAAAUAUAUAUAUAUAUAGGUCACUGCUGUCUCUCCCCUAUGCUGCAGAGCAAGGAAGUGGAAUGUGCAGCUCCGUUUAUAAUAACCUGGUUAGUUUUGUCACUUGGUUAUUUUUAUGUUCCCCUUUUAAUCUUGGGCAUUUUGUUUCUCAAUUUAGAGAACAUAACUUGAAACACUACAGAGCCAAUACUCCUAUAUGUAAAAAAUAUAUAUAGAAAAAGGAAAAAAUCUGGUAAAUGAUGUACAGUUUUUAUACACAUUAUCCAAUGUACUUUUGCUGCCUUCUAGAUAAAUUAUUUUGCAAACACAUUACUGCACAGUUGUAAAUAACUUAUGUACUGUAACAUCACUUUCAGUUUUGUGUAAAGAAAUAAAUAAAUUUAAAAAUGUUGUAAUAUAUAUAGUUCACCCUAGGCAGCACUUUCCCACUCGCUGAGAAAUUUUGAGAGCCAAGCAUUAGUUGGGCCAUAGAGCGUGUGGUUAUGUUCAGGUUUUUAUAGGCAUUUCUUCCAUUAGGUUUGUUGUGUUGCAGUGUCCCUGCCAAAGAAUUCUUACCCCUGGGACAAACACAGACUUGGGCAGAAAGGGGGCAGUUUUUGGGCACAAGUUCCACAGUUUUGUUGGAUCUGUGGGGGUGAGUUCCAGUUCCUAGUUCCCAUAACUGCUGAACUUUGCUUCAGUGCAAAAGGUUUCUCAUCAUAGAGCUGGAAAAGAGACACUUUGGAGAGCUCGGCAGCUUUGUACCGCGUGUAUGUGCUACAUAGUUCAACAUGAGCAUUAUUUUUAAAAAUAUAUAUUUGUUUGAGCCUGGUAUUUAGCUGCAACAUAUAAGUAAUUCAGAUAUCUAACCUUAAGCAAAGUCAUUUAAAUUUUGGGGAAUAAAGUUUAGUCAACAGAACUGCAGUUUAAAGUGCUGUGCCUAACUGUCAAUCUUCUAAGCCUAUACAACAGAAUCUAUUGGUUACUAUCUUUUUUUCUUUCUUUCUUGGUCUCUCAAGCCGAGUAACUGCCUCAUACAUUAGGCUUACACCAAACAAUUCAGCAGCAUUAAAUGGGUUUUGUAUUGCUACAAACACACAGGUCUUAAGCAGCCAUGCAAACAAAAAGUCUAUCCAGCAGAAAACUGGCAUAAUGCUUAUUGCACAUGGGCCAUUUUGUCUGCUGGUGUAUAUACUCCCUGCCGUCCCCUGUAUGUUUAUGUACAGGAUCAGCCUGUCAGAGUGUGUGCAUACGUUAGCGUUUCCAUGCCAAAAUGUGCUGUGUAUGUGCUGACAAGCAGAUCCCAUGCCUCAGUGUACAGGAGGUGAAAGGCAGAGGAACAGAUUUUAUAUAUGACAAUGGAGAGAACAGCUCAUGUGGCGUUCGCCUAAGAGUGUGACUUGUUAUUGGUUUAAACAAAAUGCCAGGUUACUGUUUGGAUGGCUGCUUAAGUCCUAUUCCAUUCUUGCAAGCCACAUUGGAAAUAUCCAUUUCCUGUAGUGCUUUUUUAAGUUUAAUACUAAAUGUAAUUAUAUAAUAAACAGCACUUUAGUCCAGUUAGUCCUGGCAUCCCCUAUUCAUUACAUUCCAGAACUGUAGUACCCAGACUUAACCUGAUGCCUACUGGUUGAGUAACUAUUGCAUACAUGAAGGCAGCAGGUAUGUAAGUGCUAAAGCAGACAGACUUCAGGGAUGUUACGUGGUUACAUUCUGAGAUGAGUUAGGGAAGGGCUAGAUGCUCAGCUGCAGAAGGAUCACCUAGUCAGAUUUUGCACUAGGUUACGGUUCUGCGUCAGAUUUGGUUGGAUUUUCAGUUAUGUGUGAACCCACAGAUAGGAAUGAAUGACCUGCAAAUCAUUCCAAAAUGUUCCAGUCAGUGGGUUUAAACAGAAAAUUAGACUGAAAAUGAGAAUAUUACCCAGGGAUUGGUUUGUUUUCAUCGUGCAGAAAGAGUCACCGCUUACAGCAUGCUAAUCAUUUUGUGUAACUUGCAGUUGGCCCUUACUCCAUUGUUAGCUGGCAUCCUGAUAGAUAUAUCCUCACUUAGGGUACUAUGAGUACUGCUGCACUCGCUCUGUUUCACUUGUGUGCAAAUGGUCCCUCUGGCAUCCACAGGAAGAACCCUAGCUCUGACCAUUACGGAUAGGAAUACUGUGCCUAAGCCCAAUACAAAUAAAACACCUAUCUUUUAUGAUGCCUGGGAAGAAAUGAUACAAGUGUAUUGCUCCGUCGUAGGUUUCAUUUCAUUCAGAUUGUAGGGUGUCUAAAAAAGUGUUUCCAGGUAAAAUGGGAUUCUGCUUCUCAAUUAGGAUUGUUUUAACCAAGCAAAAUGUUUUGAAUAACAAUACAGCUUUUAGAUUCUACUUGGUAAAGGCUCCCAAGUUUGUAACCUGCUGUUUUGGUCUGCAAAUCUGCGCCAUUUCCUGCCAGUGAUGAACCUUACAUUCCCAGCAGCGCCAUUACCUUCUCCUCUUCUACCUCUUUGAGUGAAUGCUUUGUGGGGUUGUUUUUUUUUUUUUUUUUUACCAACUAACAACUGAGCUCCCACAUUGAUCAGACUCUUCCAUUCCAUCCUUCUCACAUAUUCACAUCUGUAGCAGCUUCCAAACUAGUGAGGGCCUGUGUUUGUGUUGCAGGGUGGGUGCCCUCUUGUGCUUGCUUAUAGCAGUGCAUCAGUCAGUUUCCACAAGCCUUAGGCCUACAGAAUUUCCAUAAACAUUUCUGUACAUUUUUCUGUUUUUUUUUUGCUGUCCACUCUUGAAAAAGUUUUUUUCUUUGUGUAUUUUUUUUUUUUCUUCAAGUUUUAUUGUUCUUCAAGGUUUUGUGAUGUUUUGGCAGCUGUGCUUUUUAUUCGCCUAAACACGUGGCAUCAAAACACCCCAUAGUAUCUGUGCUGGCACUAGUCCGGUGAAUCUCCAUUGAAAACCCAACAGUGUAGCGUAUAGGCAAGAAUCGCUGCACAAGUGCUAGCACAGGCACUCUCAGGUCACCCUCAUUGUAUUUAAUGGUGAGUUAAAAAACAUGGUACAUUAUCUGUAUAAAAUGGCAUCAUGAAAAAUCCUGAAUACUUUCCACCCCAAAUUUUUUUUUGUUUUUUUUUAAAUACUGCUUGAGAGUUCUGCUAGCCAUUAGAUUCAUGCGUGGUUAGCGGAAACUGGACUUUCUUUUCUCUACACUUGUGGUAUGUGGAUUCAUGUCUUGACCGAUUGUACAUUUUCCUCCUGUAAUGAUUUUAUGAGACUAUGUAAAUAUAUGUAAAUACUGAUCUAGCAGGUUGAUCCACACCCUAUUUGUAAUGGUUCACUUCGGUAGUGUGUGGAGUAAUACAGCAGCCAGAUUGCGUUGUUGGUUAAUGUAACAGUGUACAUUUUUUUCCCCAAUUUUUCCACAUUUGUGUAAAUAUUGUUUGGCAGCACUGGUGCUGCCUCUGCACAGCUCUGCCCUUUGCAGCUCAGUCAUUCAGCUGUAUACAACCUCCUGCAGGAUAAAUCACAAUAAAAGUGAAUUUAAACAAA